CCAGCGAUGGAUGACAACUCCGGCUCGGAGCAAGACGUUGAGGGUACAAACGAGGAACCGAUGUAUCAAAUGUCACUAACCAACUAUAAACCGACAUGACAACCUAUUCGAUGGCACGUUGGGCAAAUAUACCGGUGAAGAAGUCAAGUUAUGCGUGCGGGAUGGGACCGAGCCAGUAUUUUGUCGAGCGCGCCCCGUGCCUUAUGCAUUGCUGGCGCGGGUCAAUGCUGAGUUAGACGCGAUGCUGCGCGCCGGCGUCAUCGAGCCCGUUGAACGGUCCGACUGGGCCACACCGCUAGUUAUAGCGAGGAAGGGAGACGGUGGAAUACGCUUAUGCGCGGAUUAUAAGGUGACACUUAACAAGGCUUUACUGGUUGACAGGUACCCGGUCCCGAAGGUAGAGGACUUAUUUAGUAAUUUGAGUGGCAAUCAUUAUUUUACUAAGCUAGAUUUGUCACAGGCUUACAAUCAAUUAAUUUUGGAUGAAACUUCUCGGAACUACACAGUAAUUAAUACACACAGAGGACUUUUUAAAUACAAUCGCCUCGUUUAUGGUCUCUCUUCCAGUCCGGGCAUUUUUCAAAAGUUCAUGAUGAAUCUCUUUAAAAACGUGCAGGACGUAGUCAUAUUCUAUGAUGAUAUUUUAAUAAAGAAUAAGUCAUUAGAAUCUCAUUUAGAAAGAGUUGAACAGGUUUUUAGUAUUUUAGAGAGGAAUGGGUUGAAAAUAAAAAAAGAAAAGUGUGAGUUUAUGGUAGGCCAAGUAAAAUAUUUAGGAUUCAUAAUUGAUAAACAUGGCGUACGGGUAGAUGCAAAUAAAAUAAAACCGAUCCUAUCUAUGCCCGACCCAACUAACGUCUCAGAGUUGAAGUCUUUUCUCGGUAUGGUUAAUUUCUAUGGAAAAUUCAUUAAGAAUUUGAGUACUCAUAUUACACCACUUUACGAAUUACUUAAGAAAGGUAAACAUUGGCAAUGGACUAAAACACAUAGAUAUGUGUUCAAUAAAAUUAAACAACUUCUAUGUAGUACUGAAGUAUUGACACACUUUGACAUAUCGCUGGAGAGCAUAGUAACAUGCGACGCGAGCGCACGCGGGCUGGGGGCCGUGCUGGCACAGCGCGCGUCUGACGGCAGCGAGCGGGUUGUGGCGUACGCAUCGCGGGCGCUCACUGCCGCGGAGUUACACUACAGCCAGAUACAUAAAGAAGCCUUGGCUAUAAUUUUCGCGGUAGACAAGUUUCAUCAGUAUCUUUAUGGCAGAAAGUUUACACUACGUACAGAUCAUAAACCGCUGGUCACAAUUUUUGGGCCCCAUGCAGGAAUACCGAACACGGCGGCGAGUCGUUUACAGCGGUGGGCCAUUAAACUAUCAGCUUACGAUUUUAAUAUAGAGUACAUUCGAUCAGAUAAAAACACGGCAGAUAUUUUGUCUAGGUUAAUUAGCACUCAUAAAGAAGGGGUUAUUAGUGAAGAAUUAGACACACCUGAACAAACGUAUUUACACUUUGCCGCGGAAGCAUUGUUAUUAGAUUAUCAAACGUUAAAAAAAGAAACCGUUUCGGAUAGUGUAUUGAGCAGAGUAGCCAGAUAUAUAAACGAUGGCUGGCCGGUCGAGGUCGAAAUGAAAGAAUUAAAACCAUAUUUUAACCGUAGAAAGGAAUUAUAUAUUGAGCUAGGGUGUGUAAUGUGGGGACAUAGGCUAGUAAUUCCUAGUACGUGUAGGAAUAAAGUGAUCGCUGAGCUUCAUGAGAGUCACAUGGGCAUAGUCAAAACUAAAUCGUUAGCGCGAAGUUACGUAUGGUGGCCGGGAAUAGACGAGGCACUAGAGACAGCAUGUUGCAGCUGCACCGUGUGCGCUGAAGUGGCGGACGCACCACCUGCGCAUGCGCCCCGCGCCUGGCCGUGGCCAGAUCGACCGUGGACCAGGAUACACGUAGACUUCUUAGGACCGGUAGCCGGUCUUACUUAUCUAGUGGUAGUCGAUGCACAUUCAAAGUGGAUUGAAGCUAUUAGAAUGCUGAGCACCACAUCGCAAGCGGUAAUAAAAGAAUUACGAGAGAUGUGGGCGAGAUUUGGGUUACCUAAACAAUUGGUUAGUGAUAAUGGCCCUCCGUUUUUCAGUGGAGAAUUUCAGCAAUUCUUAAAUAAUAAUGGUAUAGAACAUAUAUUUUCGGCACCUUAUCACCCAGCUUCUAAUGGGGCAGCGGAAAACGCUGUUAAAAUUUGUAAAAAGAGCAUUAAAAAGGCGAUUAAAUCGAAAUCCGACGUACACUCCACAUUGUGUCGUUUUCUGCUGGCGUACAGAAACACACCACACUAUACAACCGGGGAAAGCCCCGCCAAGAUGUUAUUAGGGCGCAACUUGCGCAUGCGGUUAGAUUGUUUGAAACCAGACCAGAAGGCACUUAUUAGAGCUCGCCAAGAGACAGUAGAAGCUACAUCGAGUGGCGUCACAAGACAGUUUAAUCCGGGGGACCUUGUAUGGUUCAGAGAAUACCGUAGCUCAAACAAGUGGUCUGCAGGGACUGUUAUAGAGAAAACAGGUAGUACAGAUUAUAAUGUUAAAUCUAUCCACGGCACUGAGGUGCAUAGACACAUUGACCAACUAAAACCAAGAGUGAUAAAUAGGACAGCUAGGCUAGUAGAUGCAAACUUUAGGAACUUUCAACCAGUUCAGCCUGUUAAGAGCUCUCGCUCUUCUCUCGUGUUUCCUUCGGACAAUAAUCGAGCGCCGAACACAGAACCGGACCGGACAAACGGAACCAGCUUGACGAAAGCAUUGGUCGAGGAAACAUCCCGCACGCAAACAGACGGAAGUGAUUUGGUUACAAGUGAACCCUUGUCAACGUCAAGUGUACCUUUAAAUAUGCCCAAGGUGCAGGAGACGGGUAGUCCUAGGGUUCCUAUUACUCGGGAUAUACGAACUAGUAAUCGUACACGCAAACCGGUUAAGAGAUAUGGGUUUGAUGAUGAUUGAAGUAAGAAAAUAUAUUAUAAGAUUGUUAAGAUUAUUAUUGAUAUGUUGUUUAAUAUAAUUUAGUAAGUAAGUU